CCUCGAACGGAAGUGGUGCGCUCAGCUACUGACUCCUGCCGGGUCCCUGGGUCUUGGGCUCACUGCUCCACUGCUGCGCAGCUCGGAUCCUCUCAUGCAUGGAUUGCACGUGUGAGGAGAGGUCCGCGGAGGACAGGAGCGACGAGGAGGACUCCGACUCCCCGGAAGUACCGGCCCGUACCCGGGACACCCCUGAAGACAUCGUUUUGGAAGCACCAGCCAGUGGGCUGGCAUUCCACCCGUCCCGUGACCUCCUGGCGGCGGGGGACGUGGACGGGGACGUGUUUGUGUUUUCCUAUUCCUGCCAAGAGGGAGAAACUAAGGAGCUCUGGUCCUCAGGUCACCACCUCAAGUCUUGCCGUGCUGUGGUCUUCUCUGAAGAUGGGCAGAAACUUGUUACUGUAUCCAAGGAUAAAGCCAUCCAUGUUCUAGAUGUGGAGCAGGGCCGACUGGAAAGACGUAUUUCCAAGGCGCAUGGUGCCCCAAUCAACAGCCUGCUGCUGGUGGAUGAGAAUGUCCUAGCCACUGGGGAUGACACAGGUGGCAUCCGGCUGUGGGACCAGCGGAAGGAGGGCCCCGUAAUGGAUAUGCGGCAGCAUGAGGAGUACAUUGCUGACAUGGCUCUGGACCCAGCCAAGAAGCUGUUGCUGACAGCCAGUGGGGAUGGCUGCCUUGGUGUCUUCAAUAUCAAGCGACGCCGGUUUGAGUUGCUUUCAGAACCUCAGUCUGGAGACCUGACCUCUGUCACAAUCAUGAAAUGUGGGAGGAAGGUGGCCUGUGGCUCCAGUGAAGGUACCAUCUACCUCUUCAACUGGAAUGGCUUUGGGGCCACAAGUGACCGCUUUGCCCUGAGAGCCGAGUCCAUCGACUGCAUGGUUGCGGUCACCGACAGUCUGCUGUGCACUGGGUCCACUGAUGGAGUUAUCAGGGCUGUGAACAUCUUGCCGAACCGCGUGGUGGGCACUGUGGGCCAGCACACCGGGGAGCCCGUGGAGAAGCUGGCCCUCUCCCACUGCGGCCGCUUCUUGGCCAGCAGUGGCCAUGACCAGUGCCUCAAGUUUUGGGACAUGGCCCAGUCUCGGGCUGUGGUAGUGAAUGACUACCGUCGGCGUAAAAAAAAGGGAGGGCCGCUUCGCGCGCUGAGCAGCAAGGCUUGGAGCACUGAUGACUUCUUUGCAGGACUGAGGGAAGAGGAAAAGGAGGAAGAGGAGAGUGAGGACGACAGUGACUGAGGGAAUGAGCUGAAUCUCAAAGACAGGUCCUCACUGGGCAAGAGUCUUGCUCCCUGGGCUGAAUCCCCAGAGGCUGUGCGGAUAUCAUACCCUCUUGUGCGGCAGACGGAGAAGGGCAGACGGGCUCGGGACUGUGGGGAAGCAGGGCUGCUCACACCACCAGUGUAAGCCAAGUCCACAGCUGGGGCAAGACGGCACGGACACAGGUGUACACCAACCAGGGGUUUAAUAUAAAUACAACCAGCAUAGAAAAACCAACCAACAAUACACGUACACCAAAACCAAAAUGCCAACUGGUGGGGACAAAUGGCAGAUUUAUGACCCUUUGGCUCAGCCCUCCCCGAAAUAAAAACCAACAAAGACAAAUCAA